UUGUGAUGUUAGGUUAGGUGUCAAGUGUCAAAAAAGUUAAAGGUUACGGUCAAGUUUAGAGUUUUAUUUUAGUGAUAUCCAAACAAAACCCAAACAUAAUUACAACUGUUAACUCUUUAUUUUUUUAGAAUUGGUUUCGUGUUAAUAUUUCUAAUAAUGAACGUUCAGAUCAAUGUACUUGCUGUGAAAUACUAGUGCCCGUUUACUGCGCAGCGACGUAUGAUUAAACUUUUAAAUCCGAUUUUAAUACUGAGAAAAGUUUAUCAUUAUGCCGGAAAUUAAGAUAACUCCACUAGGCGCUGGCCAGGAUGUCGGGAGAAGCUGUAUUUUGCUGUCCAUGGGAGGUAAAAACAUUAUGCUUGAUUGUGGGAUGCAUAUGGGUUACAAUGACGAGAGAAGGUUCCCUGACUUCUCUUACAUCGUUCCAGAAGGUCCUAUCACCAGUCAGAUUGACUGUGUCAUCAUAUCACAUUUCCAUCUUGACCAUUGUGGCGCCCUUCCUUACAUGUCCGAGAUGGUCGGUUAUACAGGCCCUAUAUACAUGACCCACCCAACAAAAGCCAUAGCACCCAUUUUACUAGAAGACAUGAGGAAAGUCGCAGUAGAAAGGAAAGGCGAGUCAAACUUCUUCACUUCGCAAAUGAUUAAAGAUUGUAUCAAGAAAGUUACAGCAGUAACAUUGCACCAGUCGGUCAUGGUUGAUAAUGAGUUAGAAAUAAAAGCUUAUUAUGCUGGUCAUGUACUCGGCGCUGCUAUGUUCUGGAUCAAAGUUGGGUCCCAGUCUGUUGUGUACACAGGAGACUACAAUAUGACUCCAGAUAGACACUUAGGUGCCGCGUGGAUUGAUAAGUGUAGACCAGACUUGUUAAUAUCAGAGUCUACAUAUGCAACUACCAUAAGAGAUUCAAAGCGUUGUCGUGAAAGAGAUUUCUUGAAAAAAGUGCAUGAAUGUGUGGAAAAGGGAGGCAAAGUUCUUAUACCAGUAUUCGCCUUAGGCAGAGCUCAAGAACUGUGCAUUUUGUUGGAGACAUAUUGGGAACGAAUGAACUUAAAGUAUCCUGUCUACUUUGCUUUGGGAUUAACCGAGAAAGCUAACAACUACUAUAAAAUGUUCAUCACAUGGACUAACCAGAAGAUUCGAAAGACCUUUGUACAGAGGAAUAUGUUUGAUUUUAAGCAUAUCAAGCCUUUUGACAAAUCAUACAUUGAUAACCCUGGUGCUAUGGUGGUAUUUGCCACACCAGGUAUGUUGCAUGCAGGUUUAUCUUUGAAUAUAUUCAAGAAAUGGGCACCAUAUGAGCAAAACAUGUUGAUUAUGCCUGGGUUCUGUGUCCAAGGAACUGUAGGACACAAAAUUUUAAAUGGUGCUAAAAAAGUUGAGUUUGAAAAUCGACAAGUUGUCGAAGUCAAAAUGGCUGUGGAGUACAUGUCCUUUUCAGCGCAUGCUGACGCUAAGGGCAUUAUGCAGUUGAUUCAGUACUGUGAACCAAAGAAUGUGUUGCUAGUGCACGGAGAAGCUCAGAAGAUGGAGUUUUUGAAGGACAAAAUUGAGAAAGAGUUCAAGAUUAGCUGUUAUAUGCCAGCAAAUGGAGAAACAACUACAAUAACAACUCCUACCAAAAUACCUAUUGAUGUAUCUUUACGAUUAUUGAAGGCAGAAGCAGUGAGGUACAAUGCUCAGCCUCCAGACCCAAAACGGAGAAGAGUAAUCCAUGGAGUUCUAUGUGUCAAAGACAAUAGACUUUCCUUACUAGAUUUAGAUGAAAUCUGUGAUGAAAUUGGUAUAAACCGACACAUUAUUAGGUUCACAAGCACAGUACGAUUUGAUGAUCCUGGCCCGUCUGUUAAAACGGCUGAAAAGCUCAAAACUUUGUUAGCAGAGAAGUUGCAAGGUUGGUCAAUAACCAUAUCAGAUGGCAACAUAUCGGUAGAGUCAGUCCUUAUAAAGGUUGAAGGAGACGAUGAUAGUACUAAAAGCAUUUAUGUGUCUUGGACAAAUCAGGAUGAAGAUUUGGGAAGUUACAUUCUGGGAUUACUACAAUCUAUGGUUCAAUGAUAGUUACCCCCUUUCUAAUGCAGAAAAUCAGUUUUCAAUUCUGAUACAACAUAUAACUUUUAUUUUAUUUAACUGUACAAUUUACU